UCUCUCUCCUUGUUUCAGAAAGUCUGCACCAAGUGUGGGAUAGAAACUGUUGGAGCCCAGAAACGCCCUCUGUGGUUGUGCAAGAUCUGCAGUGAGCAGAGAGAGGUCUGGAAGAGGUCUGGAGCGUGGUUCUACAAAGGGCUGCCCAAGUACAUCGUGCCUUUGAAGAGCAGCAGCAGCAGCAAACCCCUGGAGCUGCAGCCCCAGCCCUGGCAGGGCGAGGCGGCCGUGCUGGAGCCGGAGAGCGUCGGGAGCAGCCGCUCCUUCACCUGGGCCAGGGGAAGAGUGGUUUCCAGCGACAGCGACUCAGAGCUCAGCUCCUCCAGCCUGGAUGACAAACCCAUCCCUGUGGGGUCAAAAGGCUCUCAAGAGAGAAAGCUCCAAGCAGGAAUGGCGCCCACGAGGGGACCCAGCCAGGCUAUGAGCAGAGCCCUGGGGGUCCCCCAGUCCCCCCCAGUGUUGGGGAGCCCCAGCAGCCUGGGCAGUGAGCAGGGGGCCGAGCUCAGCCCCACGGAGAGUGGCCACAGUGACCAAGGCUGGGACAGGCGCGACAGUGACGCCGGCACCGGCACCAGCACCCCUGGCAAACGACGAGUCCACACCAGAACACGGCUCUGAUGGAGGGGAAGAGGAAGCUGCUUUUCCCUGGAUCCAGCACUCCCAUUCCUUAGAUUUCACUCCAGACAGGAGCUGCUGCCGGUGGUGACUUUGUGAUGCCGGCUCUUCCACGGGCACUGGCAACACGGUGACACCUGGGACAGCAGCUGCCUGUCCUCUGUGAACCCCAGCACAGCCUGGGGCUGGGGCUGGCACGUGGCUCCCACGGGGAAGGUGCUCCUGGUGUUUCCUUCUUCUGGCUGGAGUGAGCUUGCUGGGGCAUCAGGAGCCAGCUGGUGAAGUUGUUCUCCCCUUCUUUCUCUCUGCUCAGGCCAAAGAAACGCUCCAAGGAGUUUGCUGUGAUUUUUUCACUCCUUUUGGCUGUGCACGGGCUCCUGUGAGGGGUCAGGGGAGAUCUGUGUUUGCUGCAGCUCCUUGGGGGAGCACACCCCCAGCCCAGCUGGCUGCCUGUGGGUACCCAAAUUGGAUAAAAGCUUUUAAAUUACUUUAUCUUGUAAGGCUCUGCAGAUUGCCCUCCCACGUGCACACCUUACAUGAGUAAGGGCCUUUCUUUUGCCUUUUUCCUGGAAGUCUUGAGCAUCUGGUUGACUGUGGUGGUGUCAUCAUGAGUCAGGCUGUUGAAAACUCUGUGCUCUGGUCCUGCUUAUCCUCCAGGACGGAGCAUUUCCCUCCUAACGCCUGACAGAUGAGAAAAAUCAAAUUACCUCACAUCUCUAGAGCAAUUAGAUCUUUGAAGACCUGAACAAAAUCCACACUGGGCUGGUAGGAGACUGUGGAUUUUAUUAAAUGCUCUGAAGCUGACCUGUCUAUUAUGAAGAAACAAAGGAUUCCAAAAAGUUCCCUCUGAAAUCAUGGCGUUGAAGGCAAUUUGUGCCCAUUAAUGUCAGCCUUUCCCCUCAGUUAUUACUCCUUUGUUCUGUUUUCCUUUGCACUGGGCACUUUGUGUGCAUGUAGUGUGUGUUCUUACAAAUGGCUGCAGUAUGAAGAUAAAUGAGAUUGGGUGCUGGAACACUCUGGCAGAAGAUCGGAAAUCAAUCCCUGACUUGCUUUUUAAAUGAACAUGGCCCACCAGAGGACCAUUCCCUUACUGCUUUCCCAGUUAAUGUGCUGUGGCAGGUUACUGGUGAAAUGCUUCCAAUGCUUCCUCUGUGAUCUGUUCCUGCCCUUUUACAAAUGAAAACAAAACCUUUGGGCCCUGUGGGCUCCCUGAGGUGGCAGAAAAAGAAAUCACAGGACACGGGGCCCGCACCGUGUUGGUUGUUCUCUGCUGAGGGAUGUUUUAUGUGAUUUUUAUUUUAUGUGUUGUUAACCUGGCCAUUAAGCUGCAUCUCUGGAAUGGGCAAGGCCAAAACUAUCAGCUGCAUCUGAAAAAGAAACUCCAGCUGUCAGCUUUUGCUGAAAUACUGGUGUGGUUUCAGAGCUGCUGCUUCUGAGAGCUGUAGGGUCUUCAGUUUCCAGAGUGUUUAGGCACCAAAAAGAGUUCUGCUUUGCCUUGAAGCUUUUGACAGUCCAAGCGAGGUUUGUCGUGCUCGUUACUGCAGCACCUCAGACAGCCUGGCCUGCCAGCCAAAGUUAAUUCUACAGCAGAAGGAGAAGGAAAAAGACUUUUAGGAACUGACUCUGUUUUCUUUAAACCUGUUACUUUCUCAUCACCAGCUCGACACUGUGUUGGAAAGAGCUUUGAAAAUGGGGGUUGUCAUUUGUAACUCUCCCUGAGUCCCUUGUGCUGCUCUCCUGGGCAGUGCAGGCAGGUCAGUCGUGUCCUGUCCCACUCUGUGGGGUGCACAGGAGCCUGGGAAUCCUUGCUGUGCCACUGAGAGGCUCCAGCUUCAUUUUUAACUGAGGCCAGCUUUAAUAAAACACUCUCAGAGAUAAAUCUGACACUGCUCAAUGAGAAUAGAAACUUUUCUUUCUUACCUCUAUAUUUUAACUCCAUGGGCUGAUUCCACCUGAGUUCGAACCAGAAUUGUUCCAUCAGCUGUGGAAAGACUCAGAUUGAGGGAAGGAUCUCCUGGACAAUGUGAUACAGGCACAACUGAAUAAGGAAUAUCUGCAGCUCUGUGCACUGUUUUAUUUUGAAGACCAUUUUCCCCUUUGUGGCGAUUCUCUUGGUUUUGCUCUUUGGUUGUUGGAAUGUUGUAAAACCUAUACCUGUCUUUUGAGCUGGCUCAGAAGGGCUCAGUGAAUGUGCUCAGUCUGCUCUGGUCAUUUGUGUUUAUUAUUUUCUUGUUCUCAUCUCCACCCCUCACAACUUUUAUGUGGUGUUUUACUACUGGAAACAAUAAAGCUUUUGCUCAGUAACAA